AUGGAUAGUAGAUCCAACAGUGUCAACAGAAACACAAAGAAAAAUGAUGAUGAUAAUAUCACCCAAAGAGAAGAAGCUUUGUAUUCUGUAGAAAGGAUCUUUGAGUCCAAAGAAGUGCCAUCAUGGCAGAAUCAGUUAACUUUAAGGGCUUUUUGUGUGAGUUUCAUAUUGGGAAUUCUUUUCACUUUCAUUGUCUUGAAAUUGAGUCUCACCACUGGUAUUAUUCCUUCUCUCAAUGUUUCUGCUGGACUUUUGGGGUUCUUUUUCCUCAAAACGUGGACUAAACUUCUUGAGAAAUCUGGAAUUCUUAAGCAACCUUUCACUCGCCAAGAAAACACCGUCAUUCAGACCUGUGUUGUUGCUACUUCCGGCAUUGCAUUUAGCGGAGGUUUUGGAAGCUAUCUAUUUGCCAUGAGUGAAGUUGCAGCCAAACAAUCAACUGAAGCAAAUAAUGCAUUCAAUAUUAAGAACCCCUCUUUGGGAUGGAUGAUAGGGUUUCUUUUCGUUGUUAGCUUUCUUGGGCUUUUCUCAGUGGUUCCUCUUCGUAAGAUUAUGAUCAUAGACUUCAAACUGACAUAUCCAAGUGGCACAGCAACUGCUCACCUGAUCAAUAGUUUCCAUACCCCACAAGGAGCUAAGCUAGCAAAGAAACAAGUAAAAGCUCUGGCGAAAUUCUUCUCCUUCAGCUUCUUGUGGGGUUUCUUCCAAUGGUUUUUCACUGCUGGGGAUGACUGUGGAUUUGCAAGUUUUCCCACGUUUGGCCUUAAAGCAUAUGAGAACAAGUUUUACUUUGACUUUUCAGCAACAUAUGUUGGUGUAGGGAUGAUAUGUCCUUACUUAAUCAACAUAUCUUUGCUACUUGGAUCUAUCCUUUCUUGGGGUAUAAUGUGGCCUCUGAUUCAGGACAGAAAGGGCCAUUGGUUCCCUGCAGAUGAGAGCCCCAGCAGCCUUCAUGGUUUGCAGGGAUAUAAGGUCUUCAUAGCAAUAGCCAUGAUCCUUGGUGAUGGUCUCUACAAUUUCUGCAAGGUAUUUGGACGAACAUUAUAUGGUUUGUAUUUGCAAUUCUGCAGUAAAGAUGAAGGAGCAGUCCUGCCAGUUGGUGCUCGUCCAUCUCCUCCAGAGCCUUCCAUGUCUUUUGAUGACCAGCGACGAACAACGCUUUUCCUCAAGGAUCAAAUUCCAAUAUGGGUUUCCAUAGUUGGUUAUGUUGGCAUUGCCAUCAUCUCUACUAUAACACUUCCACACAUUUUCCAUCAACUUAAGUGGUACCAUAUCAUUGUGAUUUAUGUUUUUGCACCGGUUUUGGCCUUUUGCAAUGCUUAUGGUUGUGGUCUCACUGACUGGUCUUUGGCAUCUACCUACGGAAAACUGGCAAUCUUUACAAUUGGUGCAUGGGCUGGGGCUUCUCAUGGAGGGGUUCUUGCUGGACUAGCUGCGUGUGGCGUCAUGAUGAACAUAGUCUCCACUGCAUCUGACCUAACACAGGACUUUAAGACUGGUUAUAUGACAUUGGCUUCCCCGCGGUCCAUGUUCAUAAGCCAGAUUAUUGGCACAGCAAUGGGUUGUCUCAUCUCCCCAUGUGUAUUUUGGCUCUUCUAUAAGGCAUUCCCUGACUUAGGUACCCAAGGUUCAGCAUAUCCUGCCCCUUAUGCCCUGGUGUAUCGUAACAUGUCUAUCAUUGGAGUUGAAGGUUUCUCAGCUCUUCCAAAGAACUGCCUCACCCUUUGCUACGUGUUCUUCAUAGGAGCUAUUGUGAUCAAUGGCAUCAGAGAUCUUGUGGGAAAGAACAAGGCAAAGUACAUUCCUCUCCCAAUGGCGAUGGCCAUUCCCUUCUAUCUUGGCUCCUACUUUGCUAUUGACAUGUGUCUCGGGAGCUUGAUAUUGUUCGUUUGGACAAAGAUUAACAAGGCCAAGGCUGAUGCAUUUGGGCCUGCUGUGGCUUCUGGUCUGAUUUGUGGUGAUGGAAUAUGGACCUUACCCAGUUCAAUACUGGCUUUGGUAGGAGUGAAACCGCCUGUUUGCAUGAAGUUUCUGUCUAGGAAUGCUAACACUAGAGUCGAUAGUUUCUUAAAUUCUUGAACUCCCUUCUAGUAGGUGUUUCUCAUUUUCUUUUGUUCUGUUAGU